CGCCACGAUCUGGCUGCUGGCAAACGAGAAGCCCAGGCUCACCAACCACUCGUCCGCUCACUUGCGUUACCCAACAACCACAUCAUCAGCCUCAUACGCUGUCGCCCAAUAGGAUUAAAUAAUAUUUAACAACCGCUUAGAUCAGAAAUCUUUUCCUUUCUUCAGCGCCUCGGUUUCCAAAACUAGCAAUCAAACGCCGUCGCGUCUCGUAUUUCGCCGACUCACCCCCACCAGAACUUUUAUUUUAUGCUCUUGAUUCGUUCUCAAUUGCGACAACUUGCACGCUUCCCACUCUACACAUGACGACGAGACUUAUUUGAACUCGCCGUGCUUCGUCAUGGCGGCACCGCUAUCCCUCACGCCGGCGCAGGCCGAACUCGUCAGUUCCCUGACCCAAGACGAGAUCCCCAUCAAGCUUCGCUGCGCCAUAUGUAGCAAGUUGGCGAUCAAUGCUGUGAAGCUGCCAUGCUGUGACCAGGCAAUCUGCGAGAACUGCCAUUCAACGCUCCCUACAUCGUGCCCCGUGUGUGAGCACUCGCCGCUCUCCGCCGACGACUGCAAACCGAUAAAAUCCUUGCGAACAACGAUCAAAGUCUUUGUCAGGACCGAGGAGAAGAAGCGUGAGGCCUCGAAGCCCAAGGACGCCGGGGAAUCUGCGCCUCCGACCCCGGUAGACGCAAAACCGGGGGCCGGCGCCGACGCUUUGCAAGCUACCGAACCUGCUGCAGUCGCAUCUGUUUCUGAGGAGGCAGCUUCAGGUGAAAGGGCUCCUGCAGGAGAUGCUGAUAACAGCGAAUCUGCUGGCGAUGGAAACCCGGCGGUGGAAACCCAGGAAAACGCUGUCUCGAAACAGUCCAACGAGGAUGGGAAUGGCCAGGAGCAACAGGCUACCGAGGCCGAGAAAAACGGCGAUGAUGCAACGAAGGAUGUCCAGGGAGAAGAAGAAGCACAGCAGGGUAACCAGAGGUCUAAUGCCCAGGGAGGCGAGGGCGCCACAGACAUGUCGAAUAACUUCAAUCCUAGCUUUGGGCUUGGCGGGAUGAAUGGAAGCUUCCCCAACAUGAACUUUGGUGGCGGCGACAUGAAUCAAAUGCAAAUGAUGAUGGCAAUGCAGAAUGGCAUGAUGCCACCAGGAUUUGGAGGUUUUCAAAUGAUGGGUAUGCCCGGCAUGGACCCAUCUAUGUACAUGAACGGUGACUUCGGACCGCAAGGCAUGGGUAUGCACGGCAACGGCAUGGGCAUGGGUGGUUUUGGAGGCGGCGGCGGCGGCGGCAUGGGCCUUGGCCCGGGAUCCAAUGAGAACUGGAACGGACAGCAGCAGUCAUGGAAUAUCGGCCAAGAUAAUUACAGUCAUCCGAAUUCUACUGGCAUGGCCAAUGGUGAUUUUGGGAACUUUAACUCUGGAGGUGGUUUCCAGCCUGGCUUUAAUCAGGGUAAUUUUGGCCACCAGAAUCAGUAUUCCAAUUUUCGAGGAAACAACUUUUACCGCGGUCGAGGCGGCCGGGGCCGAGGGUUCUAUAACAACAAUUUCAACAAUGGUGGAUAUGGCAAUGGCCGUGGAGGCUACGGCGGCUUCAACGGCGGUGGUCAUAAGGGUUUCGGAAAUGACGGAUUCCAGAACCAAAACGGCCAGUAUCAACAGUCACAAUUCCCUCAGCAGUAUCAAGGGUCUGCCCAGAGCGGGAUGAACGGGGUUCCUGGUCCUCAGAAUCGCCGCAACUCCGAGGCCAAGGAACUGACCCCUUCCAAUGUGGACGAGUUUGGCCGCAGUAUUAGACCUGAUGCUCAGAAAACCGAGGGUGAGGUUGCUGAGGGUGCAGAAUUGGGCAAGACAGAUCCUGCAGACCAAGUGGGUGACGAUCAGAGAAGAAAUACUGGCGACGAUGCAACUACCGCAUCCGAUGCAGCCAAGGCAAGCAUGAACGCGUCCGCCGCUGCGGCAACAGAUCAGGACGAUAUACCCCGACCCGUGCCCGUUCUAGAUGACUCGUAUGGUUUUCCAAAUGGUCAAGUUGGCCACGGGCCGCACGGUGAGAUGGGUUAUAUGGGGGGAGGUCAUGAAAACGGCGAUUUCAAUCAUUAUCAUCAGCCGCUACACCGUCAGGCACCCAUGCCCGACGUUCCUUUGAAUGCACCGUCAGGCCCCAAGGCUAUGCGCCAGGGUCUUCCUAACACUAGCAUGUUGCAUCUCAAGGCAAGAGGACUGAUGCCUGACGAUAGGCAGCCCAACCCAUUGGUCAACGGUUCCGGACAUGCUAGUCCAGCAGCAGACAAGCCUGUCAGAUCGCGCAGCAACUCGGUCGAUUCCAAGCCACGCAACGAUAAGUACCGCGAUAGGAGCCGGGACCGUGACCAUCGGAAGUCUAGGGAUGCCGAUCGCCCGAGAGACCGUGAGCGUAACCACGGCGUCGAUGCGGACCGUGACAGACACAGGGAACGAGACAACAGAGGGAGAUCCGUCUCUCAGUCGAGCAGGAGUCCAAGUCGUGAACGUAAGGACGGCCACAGACGGAAGCGUCACCGCUCAGAGUCCCCCGCAGACGAGGGCCGAGAUGAAGACCGGCGGCAAGGCCAUGUGAGCAGCAGCCGCCGACAUAGUCGCAAAAACAGCAUAAAUGGCGACGAAGAACCACGACCGGCACGUCCCGAAUCGAGAUCCAGAUCCGCAUCGCCUGACGAGUCUCGUCGCUCAGGACAUCGCAGCAGUAGGAGAGAACGCGACUCCGAACGACGUAGAGACAAGGAUAGGGAUAGGGAACGUGAUCGGGAUCGGGAUCGGGACCGGGCUAGGGACAAGGAUGAUGAUGAGCAUCGCCGCAAGUCCAGUCACAAGUCUCGUAGGGAUAAGGACCACGAAAGGGACAAGGACAAAGGUCGCGAUAGGGGUAAGGACCGAGGAAAGGAUCGUGAUCGCGGUAAGGACCGUGAGCGCGACCGCGAUCGGGACCGGGACCGGGACCGGGAAAGAGACCGCGACAGGGAUAGGGACAGACAAAGAGACAGGGACAGAGACCGCCGCCGCCCUCGGGACAGUAAGGAGCCCUCCGGCGCGGUCGAGGCACCACUUGAGCUUAGGCCACCUACGGGCCCCAAAGGCCGUACCACGAGCAUCUUUGACAUCAAGGGCGCCAGCAGCAGGAACAAGGAGGCCGCAACGGCUGCACCCAAAGACCCACAUGCAGAAGAGAGGGAGAAGCGCAACCGGGAGAGGCUCAUGAAGGAGGCGCAGAAACUUGCCGGCCUCAUCGGAGGCGGGAAACGCAGUCGCGGAACGACGGACGACGGCGAGUCUAGCAGGCGCAGCCGGCGGAAGGGCCGCCGAGGCGAGGUCGUCGACGUUGGUGACGAAGAGGAGAGGAUGCGUCGGCUCGAAGCCGAACGCGAGAGAAGGGAUUAAGGUUGGGACCCCAAACGGACUUGCUGCCACAACCCUAAGAACAGUCUUGUUUACUCUCUUCAACGACUGCAAAUUAUCAGAGGUCCAGAAAACAUAGUCACUGGUGCGUUGUGGGUGCGCAUAAAGGAGGAAGUUUCUCCUCAAAAUAAUUUUUGUCUGUUGCUCGGCAAUAAGCCCACCCACCCGUUUAUAAAUUUGUUCAACCCGUACAUUAUUUGUUUUCAAUGUAUUUUAACAUUCACUUUUUAUUCCUCUUUAUCACGACUUGACCCCCACGGUAGGCUUGUCUUGCUUGGCGAAAGAAAAAAAAAUGAAGAAGAAAAAGUAACCAAGUUGUCGGGUCGUUGAAGCUAUGGCCUAGGGGCAUUGGUGCGAUGUUCAGAUAGACACGAUCGAUUAAUCAUGAAAGUUUGGAACAUACAAAUAAAUUAAUGAAAUUGAUGUGCACCAAGGAUAUAAUAUCAUAUGUUCAUUGUCACAGCAUAAGGAAGUAGUCUAGUAAACUGGACGACUCAAUGUCAACAGAAAGGGGUAAUUUUGUUCUUGAUGAUAUAUGGUCGGUCUGUAGGAC